CGCCGCCUCGGAAGGCGAGCCACCGCGGGACUCAUCCUCAGUCGCCCGCGACGUGCCUUCUCUUCGCUUCUGCCUGGUCUGCUGCCGCCGCCAUGGCCCAAGCUGAUAUUGCACUGAUUGGACUGGCUGUCAUGGGCCAGAACUUAAUUUUGAACAUGAAUGAUCACGGCUUUGUGGUCUGUGCUUUUAAUAGGACAGUCUCCAAAGUUGAUGAUUUCUUGGCCAACGAGGCAAAGGGAACCAAGGUGGUUGGUGCUCAGUCCUUGAAGGAGAUGGUCUCCAAGCUGAAGAAGCCUCGGCGGAUCGUACUGCUUGUGAAGGCUGGUCAAGCCGUUGACGAUUUCAUCGAAAAAUUGGUACCAUUGUUGGACACUGGUGACAUCAUCAUCGAUGGAGGAAAUUCUGAAUACAGGGAUACCACAAGACGAUGUCGAGACCUCAAAGCCAAGGGAAUCUUGUUUGUGGGGAGCGGAGUUAGUGGUGGAGAGGAAGGGGCACGGUAUGGCCCAUCGCUUAUGCCAGGAGGGAACAAAGAAGCCUGGCCCCACAUCAAGACAAUCUUCCAGGGCAUCGCGGCCAAAGUAGGAACUGGAGAACCCUGCUGUGACUGGGUGGGAGAAGAGGGAGCAGGCCACUUCGUGAAGAUGGUGCACAAUGGGAUAGAGUAUGGGGACAUGCAGCUCAUCUGCGAGGCCUACCACCUGAUGAAAGACAUUCUGGGCAUGGAGCACGACGAGAUGGCACAGGCAUUUGAGGAAUGGAAUAAGACAGAGCUAGACUCGUUCCUGAUUGAAAUCACAGCCAAUAUUCUCAAGUUCCGAGACAGCGACGGCGCACACCUGCUGCCAAAGAUCAGGGACAGCGCAGGGCAGAAGGGCACCGGGAAGUGGACGGCCAUCUCAGCCCUGGAGUACGGCAUGCCUGUCACCCUCAUCGGUGAGGUCCCACUCCAUGACGAGCCCUCUGGCCUCGUUGUUUGGAUCUUGAUCGUAUUCCUAGGAAAAAUCAAAGAUGCAUUUGAUCGAAACUCAGAACUUGAGAACCUACUACUAGAUGACUUCUUCAAGUCAGCUGUUGAAAACUGCCAGGAGUCCUGGCGGCGGGCAGUCAGUACUGGUGUGCAGGCGGGCAUCCCCAUGCCCUGCUUCACCACUGCUCUUUCCUUCUACGACGGGUACAGACACGAGAUGCUGCCAGCCAACCUGAUCCAGGCUCAGCGGGAUUACUUUGGGGCCCACACCUAUGAACUCUUGGCCAAACCAGGGGAGUUUAUCCACACUAACUGGACCGGCCAUGGCGGCAGCGUGUCGUCGUCCUCCUACAAUGCCUAGUCACACUCACCGUGUCACCCACCACAAUUCCAUAGAUGGGACAUUCCAAUUGCCACACAACACUGCUUACACGGCCCUUUGCCCUACUUUCUGCUCAGAUCUUUUAAAACAAAGUGUCGGAAGAGACUCUUGAAAAGUCACCCCGAGCUUACUUGUGAAGUAGUUCC